CACAGUCACGUUGCAUCGUGAGGAUUGGUUCAGGUUCAGGGUGGAGCAAUGGAGCAAUAGGAAGAAAUCCAGCAAGAAUCUAACGUGGUCUCCCUACAAACUGAUGGCUCCCAUAUUGGUGAUGCUAACCCACAGCAUCUUCUUCCGAGCUAGUGUGCAGUGGGUGACACAGAACGCGCAAGCUUUUCUCCUUGCUCCCGCCGUAACCUUUGGAGGGAUCCUUUCCUUUUUCAUUCCGUGUUAGUCACUUACCUUCAGAAGGAUCUUGCUAGCAUUUCAUAAUGGCUCAUGCAGCUUCCCAGCUAAAGAAGAAUAGGGAUAUAGAUAUCAAUGCUGCUGAGGAUGAGAAGGAGAAGAAGAGGAAAAGCAGGAAACAAUCGCGGGAUCAAAAGAAAAAGUCUGAUAGCAAUGCCAGUUAUCUGAGAGCUGCUCGGGCAGGGAACUUGGAGAAGGCUCUUGACUACCUGAAGACAGGAGUAGACAUCAACAUCUGCAACCAAAAUGGGUUGAAUGCGCUUCAUCUGGCUUCCAAAGAGGGCCAUGUAGAGAUUGUUGCGGAGCUCCUGAAGCUUGGGGCCGAUGUGGAUGCAGCAACAAAGAAAGGAAACACUGCUCUACAUAUAGCCUCCCUUGCAGGCCAGACUGAAGUGGUCAAAGAACUGGUGAAGAGCGGAACAAACGUCAACGCUCAGUCUCAGAAUGGCUUCACGCCGCUGUACAUGGCUGCUCAGGAGAACCACCUGGAGGUGGUGCAGUACCUCUUGGAGAACGGCUCCAGUCAAAGCAUCGCCACAGAGGACGGUUUCACCCCCCUAGCAGUGGCUUUGCAGCAGGGCCACAAUCAGGUGGUGUCCCUGUUACUGGAGAACGACACGAAGGGCAAGGUGCGACUGCCCGCCCUGCACAUCGCAGCCCGCAAGGAUGACACCAAAGCAGCUGCCCUGCUCCUGCAGAACGACCACAACGCUGAUGUGGAGUCUAAGAUGAUGGUGAAUAGAACAACUGAGAGCGGCUUCACCCCUCUCCACAUCGCGGCGCAUUACGGCAACAUCAACGUGGCCACGCUGCUGCUGAAUCGUGGGGCCGCGGUGGACUUCACCGCGCGGAAUGACAUCACUCCUUUGCAUGUGGCAGCUAAGAGAGGCAACGGAAACAUGGUCAGAUUACUGUUGGACCGAGGAGCUAAAAUAGAUGCCAAAACCAAGGAUGGACUGACGCCUUUACACUGCGGGGCACGGAGUGGCCACGAGCAGGUGGUGGAGAUGCUCCUGGACCGCGGAGCCCCAAUAAUGUCGAAAACAAAGAAUGGGCUGUCACCCCUCCAUAUGGCAACUCAAGGGGACCACCUGAACUGUGUUCAGCUCCUGCUUCAUCACAACGUGCCUGUGGACGACGUCACCAACGACUACCUGACAGCGCUGCAUGUUGCAGCGCACUGUGGACACUACAAGGUGGCCAAGGUUAUCGUGGACAAGAAAGCCAAUCCCAAUGCAAAAGCUCUGAAUGGUUUCACACCCUUGCAUAUUGCUUGCAAGAAGAAUCGUAUUAAAGUGAUGGAGCUUCUGCUGAAACACGGGGCUUCUAUCCAAGCUGUGACCGAGUCGGGACUUACACCAAUUCAUGUGGCUGCAUUUAUGGGACAUGAAAAUAUUGUGACUCAACUAAUGCAUUUUGGUGCUUCACUGAACACAAGCAAUGUGAGGGGGGAGACAGCACUCCACAUGGCUGCAAGGGCUGGCCAGUCAGGCGUGGUCAGGCUCCUGCUGCAAAACGGAGCCAAGGCAGACACCAAAGCCAAGGAUGACCAGACGCCACUGCACAUCUGCAGCCGCACAGGAAAGGCUGACAUAGCGCAGCAGCUGCUGAAGCACGGGGCUUCGGCAAACGCCUGCACCACGUCGGGAUACACGCCACUGCACCUGGCGGUCCGCGAAGGCCAUGAAGAUGUGGCGAGUGUGCUGCUGUCACACGAGGCCUCCCUCUCAGCCACCACCAAGAAAGGAUUUAGUCCUUUACAUGUUGCAGCAAAGUAUGGAAAGAUUGAAGUGGCUAAUCUUCUCCUUCAGAAGAGAGCAUCGCCAGAUGCAGCAGGAAAGAGUGGUCUAACUCCACUGCAUGUAGCGGCACAUUAUGAUAACCAGAAGGUUGCCCUCCUUCUGUUGGACCAAGGAGCUUCACCACAUGCAACUGCCAAGAAUGGCUAUACCCCUCUGCAUAUCGCUGCCAAGAAGAAUCAAAUGGACAUUGGCACCACGCUGCUGGAGUAUGGAGCAGAUACCAGUGUAGUGACACGGCAGGGCAUCAGCCCUGUGCACUUAGCUGCACAGGAGGGCAAUGCGGACAUGGUGGCCCUGCUGCUGACCAGGAAUGCCAACGUCAACCUGGGCAACAAGAGCGGUCUGACACCUCUGCACCUAGCAGCUCAAGAGGAAAAACUUAAUGUUGCUGAGGUUCUGAUCAAACACGGAGCAAAUAUUGACCCUCAGACAAAGAUGGGUUACACUCCAUUACACGUGGCCUGUCACUAUGGAAACGUUAAGAUGGUAAACUUCCUUCUACAGCAUCAGGCUAACAUCAAUAUGAAAACAAAGAGCGGGUAUACGCCCCUCCACCAGGCGUCUCAACAGGGCCACACCCACAUAAUCAACGUCCUGCUUCAGUACGACGCCUCACCCAAUGAACUUACAGUGAAUGGAAACACUGCAUUGUCCAUAGCCAGGAGACUAGGCUACAUUUCCGUUGUGGAUACUCUAAAGGUAGUGACUGAGGAGACGAUGACCACCAUGAUAGUAAAUGAAAAACAUAAAAUGAAUGUGCCAGAAACCAUGAAUGAGUUCCUUGACAUGUCAGAUGAUGAAGUUUGUAAAGCCAAUGUACCCGAAAUUCUCAAUGAAGACUAUAUUUCAGAUGUCGGAAAAGGUGAGGAUGCGAUGACCGGCGAUACUGAUAAAUACUUGCGGCCCCAAGAUCUGAAGGAAUUAGGGGACGAUUCGCUUCCUCAAGAGGGUUACAUGGGUUUCAGUAUAGGAGCUCGAUCUGCAAGCCCUAGAGUCAGUUCAGAUAGGUCCAACACCCUGAACAGGAGCUCUUUUGCACGGGACAGCAUGAUGAUCGAGGAGAUUCUGGCGCCCACUAAGGAUCAGCUCCUGGGUGCCAGUAAAGACCUUUCCUUCAUUGUCGAUCCUCAGAAUAAGCAUCUGGCGGUAACCAGGGAGUAUGACGCCGACUCAAUCAGACGCUACAGCUGGGCUGCGGAAACCCUCGAAAAUGUUAAUCUCGUCUCCAGUCCCAUCCACUCAGGGUUCCUGGUGAGCUUUAUGGUUGAUGCCCGGGGGGGCUCCAUGCGGGGCAGCCGCCACAAUGGCCUGCGCAUCGUCAUCCCUCCACGCAAGUGCACAGCACCCACGCGCAUCACAUGUCGCCUGGUGAAGAAGCAUAAGCUAGCCUGCCUGCCCCCCAUGGUGGAAGGAGAAGGGCUGGCAAGCCGGCUGGUGGAGGUGGGCCCAGCGGGGGCGCAGUUCCUCGGACCUGUUAUUGUGGAGAUUCCCCACUUUGGCUCUUUGAGAGGGAAGGAGAGAGAGCUGAUUAUUCUUCGAAGCGAGAAUGGUGACACGUGGAAAGAGCACCAUUAUGACUGCAGAGCAGAGGAACUCCGCAAGCUUCUCAACGGAAUGGAUGAAGAAUUGGACAGCACAGAUGAGCUGGACAAGAAACGCAUCUGCCGGAUUGUUACCAGGGAUUUUCCCCAGUACUUUGCGGUGGUGUCCCGGAUCAAGCAAGAAAGCAAUCACAUUGGUCCAGAGGGUGGAGUUCUGUCCAGUGUAACGGUUCCAAAGGUCCAAGCGUCUUUCCCACCGGGGGCACUGACCAAAAGGAUUCGAGUUGGCCUACAGGCCCAACCCGUCCCAGAAGACCUGAUAAAGAACGUUAUGGGGAGCAGGGCUGCCUUCAGCCCUAUUGUAACUGUGGAGCCGAGGAGAAGGAAAUUCCACAAGCCAAUCACAAUGACCAUCCCUGUCCCACGUUCCUCAUGGCUGAGGAGUCAUGGUGACAGAGGGGGGCCCACCCCAUGCCUGCGGCUUCUGUGCAGCAUAACAGGAGGGACUUCCCCAGCUCAGUGGGAAGACAUUACCGGCACCACUCCUCUCUCUAUUGUAACCGACUCGGUGUCUUUUACCACAAACGUAUCUGCAAGGUUCUGGCUUGCCGACUGCCUUCAUAUUGCGGAAACUGUAAGUCUAGCAUCUCAGCUCUACAGGGAAUUGAUCUGUGUGCCGUACUUGGCGAAGUUUGUGGUGUUUGCCAAGAUGAAUGACCCCAUGGAAUCCUACCUACGGUGCUUUUGUAUGACUGAUGACAAAGUAGACAAAACUCUGGAACAACAGGAGAAUUUUGAGGAGGUGGCUAGGAGUAAAGACAUUGAGGUUUUGGAAGGCAAACCAAUUUUUGCUGACUGCUAUGGCAAUUUGUCUCCCCUGGCAAAAACUGGACAGCAACUUGUUUUUAGUUUUUAUGCUUUCAGAGAGAACAGACUUCCAUUCUGCGUGAAGGUCAGAGACAAUAGCCAAGAGCCUUGUGGCCGACUUUCAUUUUUAAGAGAGCCAAAAACUAGCAAAGGUCUUCCACAUACUGCUAUCUGCAAUUUAAACAUCACAUUGCCAACACAUAAAAAGGAAAUGGAGUCAGAACAAGAUGAUGAGACUGAAAAACCAGAGCGACGCCACAAUUUUGCAUCACUAGCCUUACGUAAGCGCUACAGCUAUCUGGCCGAGCCAGCGAUGAAAACAGUUGACCGAAGUGCGGCAAGAACAGUGCCUGCUGGUUGCUCUUACAAACCAAUCUUUUCACCAAGAUCUUACCAGGCGUGGUCGACGGCUCCUGUUACCACCUCUGGGCAAGCAAGAUAUGGAUUUGGUUCCCUCUCCAGCUCGUCGUCCAACACACCAUCUGCCUCACCAUUAAAGUCAGUGUGGUCAAUUACCUCUGCAUCUCCAAUCAAGUCCACCCUAGGAGCUUCAACUGCUUCUUCCAUCAAGUCAGUUAACGAUAUAGCAUCACCUAUCAGGUCGUAUAGGACUACUUCAUCACCGAUAAAGGCUGUAGUUCAGCAAGCUCAAUACCCUGUACCAGUUUCCACUGUUCUGAUGUCCUCCCCAGUAAAAUCUUUGUCUGAUUCUGUAUAUGUUAAAGGAUUCACAUCGUCAUUGUCUUCAAGGACUUCAUCUAUUACAACAGCAGGGUCUCUGCUGGAGAGGUCUUCAAUUACUAUGACACCACCUGCUUCUCCAAAAUCUGCACUAAACGUGUACAGUUCAAGUAUGCCGUUUAAGUCUACCUUGUCCCCUACGGGACUCAUGACGUCUUCCUCUGUAAAGCCCCUAUCUUGCCUGUCCUCUGGUAAACCUACGGCAGAUUCUGCUGGAGCAUCCAGCAGACGGCUGGCUCCAUCUCUUUCUCUAUCCGUCAAAUCCUCAGUUCCUCCCUCAGCAGCUGCUCUGAUUAAUGGAUCAGUUUCACCUGUUAAAUACCGCAACCCGUCAUCAAACUUUCUACACUUAGGGAAUUCCAACAGUUUACAAGAAAGGAUACAAGCAACUAAUAAUGCUGUCACAACAUGUGUCAGUGCGGCCAUUGAGGAAGCGGAAAAAACCUUUAAUUCAUGCUCUGCAUCAGGCUAUGGCACAUUGAAAUCCACGUCUUCUUCAGCAUCUUCAUACCAGUCAGUUCGAUCUCCUGCUUCGAAUUCCAUUUAUGCCUCUUUGAGGUCUCCAGCUUCUUCCACCACAUCUGUCACAUCAAGUACAAUAACUGUGCCAGUGUAUUCUGUUAUAAACGUUUUGCCAGAACCAAAAUUCCCUGAUGUGUCCAAAGCCACAAAUACACUUCUAUCCCCUAUAAAAAACAUGUCCACACCAGUACAUACCCAAGACACAUCAUCAUUUUCAAGAACUUUGUCACCAGUCAAGUCUUCCAUGUUAAACUCUGCCAUUCCUCUAAAAUCUACGGGUUCUACUUCAUUAACAACUAGCCAGGAAAUACUAAAGGAUGUUGCCGAAAUGAAGGAAGACUUAAUAAGGAUGUCUGCUAUUUUACAGACUGAAUCCAAUUCAGCAGCUAAAGACUAUAUCUCAGACAAUCGAAAACAGCUGGCAGUUGAAGAUGAUGAACCAUACAGACUGGUGGAGAAGGUUAAAGAAGAUCUAGUUAAAGUUAGUGAAAUCUUAACAAAAGAUUCACGGACUGAAAACAGAGUUAUUAAAACUAAAACAAUGGAAGAUGGCUGGGUGGAGUUUACAAAGGAUGAAAUAGAGGAAGCCCAACAAAAUGGCUGGAGAUAUCCUCAAAGUUAUGACACAGAUUCCUAUCAAAUAAGAGAGAAAUCCAUAUCUGAUAGAGAUUUUAAUUUAGCCAAAGUGGUCGACUACUUGACAAAUGACAUUGGCGGAAGUUCUUUUUCGAAAAUCUCAGAUGUAAAACAUAGAUAUGAUGAACUGAAAAAAGAAGGAGAAGAAAAAACAAAGCGCAUUCUUAAACCUGCAAUAGCAUUACAGGAACACAAGCUUAAAAUGCCACCCUCAAAUAUGCGGUCUUCGGCUUCCGAGAAGGAGUUCUGUAAACUUACGGAUGUUUUAUUUGGUACUGAAGUCAUAGAAUGUCCCGAUGACAUAUCUCAUGACCAUGAUAAGAGCCCCCUUUCAGAUAGUGGUUUUGAAACGAGAAGUGAAAAAACCCCCUCAGCCCCUCAGAGUGCAGAAGGAAGUGGACCCAAGCCUCUCUUUCAUGAUGUUCCCAUUCCGCCUGUUAUCACAGAGACACGAACUGAGGUUGUUCAUGUCAUAAGAAGCUAUGAGCCCCCUGAAGAAGAGCUGGAUCCCUUUAAGGAGAAAGUAAAUGUACUGACUAUACCUUCUGGUGUAGAGAAAGAGACAAAAGUUAAUGGAUUCAUUAAAGACAAAGUAAAGUCAUCUCAGCUUAAAGUCACUGCAGAUGAGGACCUUGUUGUGAGCAAAGGUAUGUGCGUUAAAGAAGAAACUCACAUCACAACUACAACCCGAAUGGUUUAUCACAAGCCCCCCAGCAAUGAUUCUGAGAGGACUGAUGAAACAAAGUCAGUUCGAGACAUAGUGAAAGCAUUCCAGUCUGGUUGGGAUUCUUCUAGAGAGCUAACUGGCUUAUUUGAGAAUAAGGCUGCUAGUUACUGUCAAAUAGGAAAUGAAACAUCUCAACUUCUUCAUGAAAGAGAUAAUUUAAAACCCAAAGUUGAAAGAAUCAUCGAGGUUCACAUUGAAAAGGGAAAUAAGGCAGAACCAACAGAGGUUAUCAUUCGUGAAACACGUCAACCUCCAGAGGAGAAAUACAUUUACAAGGCGAAUAAUAGAAUAAAAGAAUUAUCAGACAAAAUGGACAAUGAUGUUGAAGCACAACAGGCAGAGAAUGAAUUUACUGCUGAAGAAUGUAUUCCGACGUGCGUAGAAUCAUCCAGAGUUAAUACCCCUGUGUCUCAGGAAGAAGAGAGUCGUCCAGAUUCUGCACAGCUUGUCAUUGAUGACUCAUAUAAAUCCUUCAAGUUACUAAGGCAUGAUGAUGAGUCAUCAGAACUGAGGAGAGAGUCCUAUAGAUUUGCUGAGAAAGUACUUUCUGAGAAAUUAGGCAUAUCUCAUUCUGACAACGAGGUUUCAGUGGCUGAUUCCCGCAACAUCCAGAGUGCAGGUAUGCUGGACUCAAGUCGUUGUUAUACUGAGAGAAUGUCUGGUAUUCCCAGUAAAGAAGUUAUCAUGAAUUUGUCGACAAAAGUGGCUGAUAAGUCAGGUAAACCUGUCAAUACAAAUGAUCACGUUGACAAACUGACAGUGUUGCAUUACAGUGUUGAGCCUGGUACUUCGAAGCGUACUGUCUGUAUGCAGUUCAAUGAAAACAAUUAUAACAAAAGAGAAGAAAAACGUGUUUUUGAAGACAGAGUAGAUCAGACUGUAAAGGAAGCUGAAGAGAAACUGAAUGAGGUUUCACAGUUUUUUCGUGACAAAACAGAAAAACUAAACGGUGAGCUGCAGUCCCCAGAGAAGAAGGCUCUCAAGAGGGUUCCGAGAGAAACUCAAUCUGGACCUAGUUCUGCUUGCACCAGUCCAGAAAAAACACAGCUUAAGACUGCUAUGAGUAAUAAAGAAUGGAAUAAUGAAAGGAAGUGUGCCAGCUUGCCAAGCAGUCCAGAAAGACUCAUUUUGUCCCGAAGUAAUGAUCGAAAAACUAAGGAAGGAAAUGACCUUCAAGACAACCAGAAAGGUGAGGACGUCAAGUCUUUCCAGUUACAAACGUCCAAGGUGAGCUGUGCAAAGAUGAAGUUUGAAUCUGACGCUCAAAAGCAAGAGACAACUUUUCAAACGGCAAAUACAAAACCUCCAGUAAAAAAACUGAGAGAAAGUAAACUUCCUGUGUAUCAAUUUUUUGGUGGAACAAAGGCUACCAAAUUAGUAGAAAGGCAGACUUCAGAGGAAGACCGUGAAAACCAGACGAUGAUUGAAAAAGAUCCCGAUAUAAUUAGACUACUAGUCUCUCCCAAACAAUUAGGUGAAAAAUUAAAAAACAUAACAGACAACCAUUCUUCUCAAAACUUGCAGGAAGCAAAUAACAAGGAAAUGGGUGAAAGGGGGAAAAAAAUGACAUUGGAUAGUCAACAAUAUAGUUUUAAAUCUGAACAUGAUACCUCACUUCAUGAUGCUUUCAAAGCUUACAAAAAAGAAGCAUGCCAAGAUUCAAAAAAAGGAACAGCAUCUGGAGAAUUUUUAGUGGGUUCCUCAACAGAAGCAGUUAGUUUCCCUGAAGUUGUGAUCACUGAUAGUGCUUCAAAAAAUACCUUUAAAAAAAAGAUGGAAUCUCAUAUUCCUGUCAAGAUGACCGUUAAUGCCAGAAAUACUUGUCAGUCUGAAAAGUCAAACACUUUUCCUAUAUCCUCUGAGAUAUCUAGAAACAGACACAAAGGGAAUUUUACAUCCAGGGGUGAGUCUAUCAAUUCUCCAGAUUCUUUAGAACAUUGCUUAACAAAAAACACACAUUCAAAUCAUACCAAUCAUAGCAGUACACAUACUGACAAAACAACACCAAUAGUAGCAUCAGAUAUCAAAACGUUACCCGUCUAUGUCAGUAUUCAAGUGGACAAGCAGUAUGAGAAAGAAACGGCUAUUGGGCAGCAGGCAACUUACAAGAAAAUAGUCAGUCAGGAAAGCCACACAGUCCAUGAGACACUGGGAACAAUUUAUACUGUAAAACAAAAACAAACGUCUUCUCCCCAAGGCAGCCCUGAAGAUGACACACUAGAGCAAGUUUCUUUUAUGGAUAGUUCUGGCAGAAGUCCUCAGACUCCAGAAACGCCUAGUUCCGAAGAAGUGAGCUAUGACCUCACUUCUAGAAUACCAGAUGCAACCAUUGGUUUCAUGUCAGGAAAAACCAGUCCAAUUCCAGAGGUUUCUGAGGAAUCAGAAGGAGAGGAGCAAGGCAAAUUAUCUCCAGAGAGGACAAAACAGUCAGAGCCACUAACCCGAAAGUAUGAGAUUGGAAGGAAAACAAAUGAGAAAAGAGUUGCAUAUAUUGAGUUUCCUCCGCCACCACCUCUGGACCAAGAAUCACACCAAUGUAAUUACAUUUCAUCAUCUAAGGCUGACACUGAAUUGAUGGAAGUCAACCUCCAAGAGGAGCAUGACAAGCACCUUCUCGAGGAACCUAUUAUUAGAGUCUUGCCUCCAACUCCCUUGCCCACAGGAGCUGAUGACAGCAACUCAAGUGAUGACGAAUCAGUCUUUCAGCCCAUCUCUUUUAAGAAGUACACCUUUAAAAUUCCUGAGGAGGAUGAGGAAAAGCAGUCCAAAAAUAAGAACCCGGAAAGGAAUGGACAAGCUAAAGUAACAGGCGGCAAUGGUGAUACAAAAGGAGAUGAUUUUGAAUUGGAGCAGAAUGGGAAUGAUCCAUCCAUUACAGACUGUUCAAUUGCCACAACUGCAGAGUUUUCUCAUGAUACAGAUGCCACAGAAAUAGAUUCCCUUGAUGGAUAUGAACUCCCAGAUGAGGAUGAUGGAUUAAGUGAACAAGGCUCAAAAUCUGCAAGUUUUCCCAGGGACAGUAGAAAAAGUAGAUGGUCAGCAGAGAGUUCCAUAAAGUCAUGCGAUCGUUCCUUUAGCCAGACAAAGCUUGAGGUUAUUGAGGAAGAGGAGAAGGUAGUAAAUGACGGAGGGGAGGAAACAAAAGAAAAUGGUGAUUCUGCAGAAAUUAAAACAGAAGUUAGCAAAGAUGGGGAAACGGUAUACUCUUUGGAGGGUAGACACCCUGACAGACCAGGAUUUUCAAAUAGCUACUUUAGCUACCAUCUAGAGGAGGAGUUUAAUACUCCCUUCAAAACUGUUGCCUCAGAAGGUUUGGACUUUGAUCCCUGGUCCAGCAAAGGUGAAGAUGAUGGAAACUUUGAUAGUAAAACAAAAGAUGAAGAGCCUAAGCCUUUUGGAUUAGCUGUGGAGGACAGAUCCCAAGCAACUACACCAGAUACAACUCCUGCUAGAACACCAACCGAUGAAAGUACUCCAACUAGCGAGCCAAACCCUUUCCCCUUCCACGAAGGGAAGAUGUUUGAGAUGACUCGCAGUGGUGCAAUUGACAUGAGCAAGCGGGAUUUUGUUGAAGAAAGACUUCAAUUUUUUCAGAUUGGUGAGCAUUCCUCUGAAGGGAAGUCAGGGGACAGAGGGAAAAGGGUCAAAAGUCCAGGGGUAGUUAUCUCACAGUCACUUAUAGGGGAGAAAGUUGCAAGUGUAAAGGUAGAUGCCCUCACUGACGCUAAAACAGACAAGUGUGGGCUAACUGAGAUUGGCACUGAUUGUCUCGACAUAUCAUGUGAUGAUAACAUAGCAGAGACAUCCUCAUGUAUGGUAAUGGCUUCUAAACCUGAUUCUAAAUCACAUACUCCCAUUAAAAUGGGAAUAGCAGCAUCCAUUGCUGUAAAAAAAGAGGCUAGUUCUGGGGAUGUAACAAAUAAUAAAUUUCCUGGGGACAUGGGAAUAGAAAUAGAUGCAGAAAGUCAGCUUUACAAACACAGAAGUGCAGAAUCUGCUGUUAGGAAAGAUUUCCCUGCAGAGAACUCCAACAACAACAAUAACUUUGAGUCUUCAAAUAUUCAAGCUAAUUAUAUUCAAUGUGGCAGCAUAGUAUUUAGUUUACAGUCAUCCUCAAAGCCAUCGCUACAACAAGCUAGUAGGAUAGAGGCAUUUUUUGGUCCUGAAACAGAGCAGGUUAGGGGAAAUGUUAUGGAUUGUGAGCAAGAAAAGAAUAAUGAGACCAAGCAAAAAGAGGUGAAACAGCUAAAAUCAAGACUGCCAAUUAAAGCAUCUGGCUUUUCCUCCCAUAUGCAGAGUACACCGGCUGGAAAGUUGAACUCAAAACAUAUAGUCACACCUGAAGAAAAAAAUAGAUACAUGAGGAAAAGAGUAGACCCUUUUGCAGCCGUUGAACCCAAAUCUAGAAUUCCAGUAAAGGAGUUUAAAAGGAGUAAUGCAAGUAAUCCAGUACAGAUUGUGUCCAGGUCCUUAAAACCUGAAAUAGAAAGACCAAAGCAGUUGCCUACCAAGAUGCCAGUUAAGAAAUCUACAUUAAGCAGCAGUUCAGUUUCUAACCCAGACAAUAAUCACAUAAAUGAGGUCUGUAAAUGCUCCAUCGAGUACUUUAAGGGCAUUAGUGGACAGACAUUAAAAAUUGUGGACCGCCUUUCUGAUGAAGAGAAAAAGAUGCAGUCAGAAAUAUCCGAUGAAGACAGCACAUCAAGAAGCACCUCAUUGUCAGAAGCCUCUCAACCAUCUUUCACACCGAGGUCUGCUAGAGACCUGAAAACUGAGCCUAUAGGAGCGAAAGCUGGGAAGGUCUGCAGUGAGAGAAGGAGAAGUAGGCGGACUGGGAAUGAAGGCAGUCAGGUUGCUGGGCCCUUUGAGAGCCCCGCCGUGGAGAUCGAGCCUAGACCGCAGAGCCCCUGCGAGAGGACUGACCUUAGGAUGGCUAUUGUAGCUGAUCAGUUAGGCCUGAGCUGGACAGAGCUCGCCAGGGAAAUGAACUUUUCUGUUGAUGAAAUAAAUAACAUUAGAGUGGAGAACCCAAAUUCAUUGGCAGCUCAGAGUUUCAUGCUGUUAAAGAAAUGGGUUGGCAGAGAUGGUACAAAUGCUACAACGGACGCCUUAACAGCCGUGCUGACCAAAGUCAAUCGAAUGGAUAUUGUGACUCUACUAGAAGGCCCAAUAUUUGACUACGGAAACAUUUCAGGCACCCGAAGUUUUGCAGAAGACAACGCUGUGUUCCUGGAGCAGGCUAAUGGUUACCCCAGCAAUGAAAUGGAACUGCAGCCUUCCAUACUGCUGAGUCAUGAGCACAUCCCUCUCUGGAAUGAUGAUGUCAUUAGUGAAGACCUUAGCAUAGAUCCUUCUAGUACAAAAACGUGUAGACGCACAGAACCCUGCAGCACAGCUACAGAUGAAAAGCCCCCUGACGCCAUCACCAAGGACAUUUGUCCUGAUGGUCCAGAGGUUGAAGGCGAAGAUAAGAGCUCCAGAGAAGAAGACCUUGACCUUAGUUGCAAAUCUUGUAGCCCCUUGGGCUUUCGUGAUUUUGCAACUGUGAUAAAAGAGCAAGGUCUGUUAUUUGAUCGAGGGCAGAAUGAAGACAUAUUAGGAGGACAAUCCUUGGAGGGUGAUGUGGAUUUUGCCCUUCACGCCUGGGCCUUUGCAGAGGGAGAGGGGUGUGACUCUGUUUCUGACAAGGAAGAAGACGAAAUAACAGAGAAAUUUAAAUCUUGUUUAGAAGAUACAGAGGAAAGCUCACAUGGUUGGAACAGUGGGAGUUCAAAUUCAAAUAUGGAGCCGUCCACCUCAAAGUGUUCGUUGAGCUCUGAAACGACAAAUCAACAUGAAAACAGACAUACAGGGAGUCACAAGCAAAAUGGAAAGCAUACGGAAAAUUCACCUGUGAUGCAGGAAUCAACUACCGAGGUUACAAGACAUGAUGAAAGAGUGGGACAAGGCUGUGAGAAAGCCACCCCUGAGUCCAAGUUCAAAGUUCAGCAGGAAGAUGAUUCUGUGUUGAACAAGAGGGAAGGGAGACCUGGAGAUAAAAAGAUUUACUCUUAAUAGUCCCUCUCUUCCUUUGGUAUGUGCAUUCUUACUUUACUGUAGGGUUAGGGGAGCUCAAGUAAAGACAGACUGUGGGAACUCUGGAAUUAUCAAAAAACCCAUCAAGAAAUUCAUUAUCAGGGAAAUGGGUGGGUUCGCUGGGUAGCACUGUGACCUCAAACCUCCAGGGUUCGAAGUUUGAAUCCUGCUCUUGCUUUGUAUGUGUGCAUGUGGGUUUCCCUUUGGGUACUCUGGUUCCUCCCACAGUCCAAAGACAUGCCUUUAGGUGAAUUGGUACCUCCAAAUUGCCCUUUGUGUGUGUUUGUAUGUUCUGCAAUGGACUACCAUCCUCUCCUGUCCCCCUACCCUUGUACCCUAUAAUUUCUGGGAUGGAUGGAUCACAGAAAUGUUCAAGUAUUUUAACUUGCAAGGUAAUGGUGGAAGACUUUAGGCUUAGAAAUCCCUGGCAAGUUGAAGUUUUAUGAACUACCCACUUUCUGGGAUAACUGAAUGGGGUAUUUCAGACGUGGGUGACUGACAUGCUAAUCUCUCCCACUGAGUUUUUCUCUGUAUAAAAUGCUGAGCUCUACACCUUAGACAAUGAUUUUAGUCAGGGCUGUUUUAAUACAAUUAACACUUGGAGAUGGCAGCAUUUGAAUGAAUAACAGUGGCCGAUUAUAUCUUGAAGCAAGAUACGGUGCAGGUAGAUUUCAGGAUUCUUGAAUGAGUUAUGGUGCUGCAUGUUGGCUCAGUGGGUAUCACUCUUGCCCUCCAAGGUUGGGGGUUUUAAUCAUUUCUCUGCUCUACAUCAGUGGUGUUUGCAUGUUCUCUUUUUGUUGCAUGAAUUUCCUGUGGCUGCUCUGAUUUCCUUCCACAGUUCAAAGAGAUGCAGUUAGGCUAAUUGGUAUCUCUAAAUUGCCCAUAGGAUAUGAUUGUAUUUGUGCAUGUAUGUGCCCUGCGCUGGACUGGCAUCCUGUCCAGGGUGUAACUCAGCCUUGUGCCAUGUGCUGCCUCGCUUCCUAUUGAGGACCUGGACCAUGGUGUGGACACCUGGGAAACACCAGUAGAGACAUGGAAAGGACCAUGACUGCAACAGAUAAAGGGCAGACAUUUCCUGUUACCAAGAUGGAAGAAACACUCUGAAACUGAAUUACUCCUUAAUCACUCUCUACACUCGCCUUAUGUUUCUUCUUGAAACCACAAUGUCAGGGUGUAAAUUGUCUUUCUUUUAAAAAAGGUUAUUAGGGAUUUUACUGUAUGUAUAUUUUCUUGUAAAAUAGUCUAAAAUAGUUUACAGCACUGAAUCUUAUGCUCUGGACAUAAUUUAGUUCCACUUAUAAAAAAAAAAAAAAAAUUCACAAUAAAUUCACAUUCUUGUAUAAAUAUAAUAGCAAGUAUACUGUUUAUAAAUGGGGAAAAAGCUAGGUUAAUUUUAACAAAAAAAAAAUCCUUCAAAUGUACUCUAACAUUUUUGAGAUUAUGAAAAUGGGAAUAUUUAUUAUUCAGAAUAUUCAUUUAUUCAGACUUUUGGUGCAUGCAACUUUCCUUAUUUUAAAAACAUUUUUUUUCUAAGUUAUGUUUUAGGUUACUGCUAUCACCAUACUAAGAAUUUAAAAAGUAGAAAACCUCAUAUAUAUACACAUUCCAUUCAUAACAUGUCAGCUCCAACAAUUUCAAACUGUUCUUAAAAUUCCCACUGUGGAGAAAAAAAAAAAAAAUAUAUAUAUAUAUAUAUACAUGCAUACAUACAUACAUACAUACAUACAUACAUACAUUAUUUCAUUUUCUCUUGAAACAGUCUACUGGAGGAGUUUCAUUUUCAAUAUAUAGCUAACUGACAGAUUGUGCUGAUGAAAGCGUAAUUACUGUAAGAGGUGAAUUAUUUGUAUAGACUCACAUACUACAUCAUGUAUGUAAAUGUAUUAUGUAUUGACUAAGCUGUAGAAGUUUCUAAGUCAGUCAUUCAUAAUCAUCCUAGCAUUGUAUUACUUUUUCAUGCUGAUGUUUUUCAAAAAGGAAUUUUUUGCCAAAUAUUUCCUAUUUAUUUGAAUCUGUCCAUAUUAGAUGAUCCCAGAGAAUUUUGUUGCUUGUAGUGCUCAUAUGUGCGGCACAACUACAAUAAUUCAAAUAACUAAUUUUAGCAUAAAUCAUUUUUAAACUUAGAACAUUGUGUGUUCUUCGAGAAAUGAGAAUAUGUAUAUGCCGCAUCUUACACUUUUGACUUAUUACAAGUCACAUUAUAAAACUAGUUCAUGUUGUAAAUUUUCCUCCCAGAUUCUUUUUUAAAUGAAUACCUCUUUAAAUAUUUGUUUUUAAGAUGUGAAGAUUUGCCAAGCUUUUGCUGCUGUAAUUGUGAUAAUGAAAUGAAAAACAUUACUUCAACUUUUUGAGUGUGUGAGGUAAUUGUAGACCAUCACUGUCAUUCUUUAGAACUGUAAAGUAUGGGGUGGAGGAAUUUUUAAUAUGAUAAAUGGUUUGCUUAUUUUGUGUUAUUCAAGAAAAAUAUACAAUGUAUCAUUCUUACAUGAAAAAAGCUGUUUGAUAUAGCUCUUGAGAUACCUAAAGCCAACUUCUUAUGUUGUAUUUUUGCGUUAUUCCAUUUCAGUGACAUGACUGCAUUACAUAUAGCCUUGUAAAUAUACAGAAUUUGACAGGGUCGCCUUUGCAGACCAUUUAUCUGGUUUCCUUUCAUGUCCUUUUUUAUUCUUGCUUUCUUACAAUCAGACACAAAUCAUGCAUUAUAACUACGUCAUUAUUAUAAUAAAUGUACUUAGUUCCAGGAGUAUGAAGCUUAUUUUGGUGUUAUUGCUAAGCUAUUGAAGCCCCAAAAUAGCUCGUCUAAGAACUAUUUUCAAAUAGCACAGUGACGCUGUUAUUUUAAGUAGCGCAUUGUGCGGUCAAACUUCAGCCAGUGUGUUCAUUGUUAUUACUGUUAAUUUUAUAUAUGACCUGUCAUGGAGUUUAUGUAAAUUAUUCAUCAAAUGUAUUGUAAAGCACUGUUUUUGAAUAAAAUCCCCAAAUAAAGUGAAAUAAAAACCC